AUGAAUAAAAUCUUAACUCUUAUGAAAAGUUCUGGAAAGAUUUUCACUGCUGCCGUGGAUAUGAAUGAUACUUUGUCGAUGGACCACGACACAUCAGUCCUAAAAGGUAUUCCCGACGAACCGUUCGCGCCUGCGUUGAGUGGCCUGACCAGUCUCCAGCAAGACAGGCAUCGACCAGUCGCUUCACCCGAGAUGGCCCCCACAUCUCGGGUCGAAGGUCUGGAAAUACCGUGGCAUAUUAGCACGGAACAGAAGACUGACUCUUGCUCAUAAAAUAUUCUCAAAUAUUUUGAUA